GUCGAAAUGGCGGAGUAUAUUCGCAAAGCCGUCGCUACCCCGGGCACUCACGAGAUCAGCAUGCGUGAGUUGGAGCACGCCAUUCAAGCCAAGAACAUCUUUUUCCUAUUCCUACACUCGAGCCGAACCCAGGUUUCGAUUCUUAAUGCUGUCCAAACUGUUGGUAAAAGUUUACUGGGUUCAGCGGUGAUCCUCAAGUCGGACCACAAAGAUAUCUACGAACAGUUGGGAUUGUCGAGUUACCAUCCAUACCUGCUCGUGUUCAAAGAAUAUCAGUCGAAGCCAUGGGCCAAGCUAGUUUUGGAAGAGGUGUCGCCCAAGGUUGAGCCGAACCCGCUUCUCCGACACCAUAAGCUCACGAUGGACCUCCGCCAUUGGAUCGCUGUCCAAUCGAUUCCGGUGCUUGACGAGCUCGACCAACGAAACUACUUCCGGGUGCUCAACUCUGGUGCCAAGAAGCUCGUUGUCCUUGCCUGUAUCAGCGGGAUCGUUCCCAGUCGCGACGGCAUCAAUCUCGAAAGGUCUAAUCCCAGGUCGGUCGAGCUGAAGGACGAAAUGAAGGAUUGGGCCAUUCAGUGGCGUAAGAGUCAGGAAGCCCGGGGCGUCGAAGACUUGAGCGUCGAUUGGGUCUGGGUUAACAGUGAUGUCUGGGCGGAUUGGCUCGCCCACUCCUAUGGCGUCAACCUGCCCAGGCCUACCGAAGAUCCCAGGGAAUCGAGCAUGAUCAUCAUCGUCGACGCCAAGCACCAUCGUUAUUUCGACAGACAAGAAAACGGGCAAGACAUCGAAUUCAAACCUUCCUCUGUCUUCCAGACCCUAUUGGCAGUUGAGAUGGGCAAACUCUCUGGCAGAUUGGCUGGGACAGUCGUCAGUCGAAUGAAAUGGAAAAUCUUCCACUUCAAAAAUGCAUACGGUCAUCUGUUUGCGCCUCAUUGGUUAUUCUUCUGGGCAGUCUUGUUCGGCAUCAUCGGUUUCUCGUACAAGAGUUACCGAGCCUCGCACGCCCGAGGGGCGAUCAGCUUCAGCCCGAUCUCUCCGCAGAUGUCGAAGGCUUUCAGUUCUGCUGUCGGCCUUGGCUCGCCUGAUAUCAAGUCGCCCGGACUAGGCUCUGUCUUCGGGCUCGCCUCCAACGUCCCCUGCAAGGCUGAUUGA